CAUCUACCCAUUGGUUAUUUCUUUCAGACUUGAGAGGAGCAACACCAACCACGUGAAGUUCUUUUGACUGAUUCAACUCUGACAAAACCCCCCAUUAUAUCACGUUGACUUCCCAAAAUCUCCCUCUCUUUCUCUCUUCUUUCUCGUGUAGGGUUCAUCUACUCUGAAAUCAGCAAAAUGUGGAUUCGUUGACACUGCCAUUCUCCGGAAGGGUCUUAUUUCCAGACCCAAUCGAAGCUUUUGGCAAAGAAGAAUUCAGUGAUUCAUUCCAAUUGAGGGUUGUGCUGGUAUCUUGGUUGCAUGCAUUUUUAGCUACUUCGAGAAACGAAUGAGAAAAGAAAAGACAAGCUUUUGGAAUGUGAUUUCAUUUGAGGACCACUAACUAUAUGGUAUAUGCUGCAAUAUUCACAUAACGCAACGGUGAAGUAUGAAGGCUUUAAAAUUCCCAAAGCGUUACUUGAUUGUCAUUUUAACUUUCAUUAGCACUUGUGUUUGCUAUAUAGAACGUGUGGGGUUCUCGAUUGCAUAUACCAUUGCGGCUGAUUCUGCUGGAGUAAAUCAAUCAAGCAAAGGCAUGAUGCUCUCUGCCUUCUAUUAUGGGUAUGCCUGCUCUCAGGUGCCUGGAGGAUGGGCUGCUCAGAAAAUAGGGGGAAGGAAGGUUCUUCUCCUUUCCUUUGUAUUAUGGUCAUCAACUUGCUUUUUAGUACCCUUAGAUCCCAAUCGGGUUGUGAUACUGGUAAUUGCACGCUUGCUUGUUGGUGUUGCACAAGGGUUCAUAUUCCCAUCAAUCCACACUGUCCUGGCACAGUGGGUUCCACCCCACGAAAGGUCUAGAUCUGUUUCUCUCACAACAUCUGGAAUGUACUUAGGUGCUGCUACUGGGAUGCUUUUCUUGCCAAGCCUGGUGAAGUUCAAAGGUCCACAGUCAGUAUUUCUUGCUGAAGCAUCUUUAGGAAUCAUGUGGUCUCUACUUUGGUUUAAUUAUGCAAGUGACCCUCCUCGGUCUGAGCAUCCAAAAGCUACUGCGGCUGGUUUUGGGGAAUCUUUGCUGCCAGUCAAAGGAAUUCAGAGGAUAAAAAUGGAGAAUGAAGGUAGUACUGUCAGAAGUGCCAAAAUUCCAUGGAAGAAAAUUUUAAUUAGUUUGCCAGUCUGGGCAAUUGUGGUGAAUAACUUCACUUUCCAUUAUGCCCUUUAUGUGCUGAUGAAUUGGCUGCCAACGUACUUUGAGCUGGGCCUCCAGCUCAGUCUCCAAGAAAUGGGUUCUUCUAAAAUGUUGCCGUAUCUAAACAUGUUCAUAUUCUCAAACAUUGGUGGUGUGGUUGCUGAUCAUUUGAUAACAAUGAGAAUCUUGUCCGUGACGAAAACUCGGAAGUUCUUAAACACAAUCGGAUUUGCCGUUGCUUCUCUUGCAUUAAUAGCACUGCCCAUUUUUAGGAGUUCUAGUGGUGCUGUCUUUUGUUCUUCUGUGGCUCUUGGUUUUUUGGCACUGGGAAGAGCUGGUUUUGCUGUGAACCAUAUGGAUAUUGCCCCGAGAUAUGCAGGAAUAUUGAUGGGGGUUUCAAACACUGCUGGCACAUUAGCCGGAAUUAUUGGGGUUGACUUGACUGGUCGGUUGCUUGAGGCAGCUAAAAGUUCUUAUUCAGAUCUCUCAGGCCCCGAAAGCUGGAGAGCGGUAUUUUUAAUACCAGGGUUACUCUGCAUUUUUAGUUCUGUUGUGUUUUUGCUAUUUGCAACUGGGGAGAGGAUUUUCGAUUGAGGUUACAAUGUUGUUUCAAAGCAUUCAUGUUCAUGACUACCGCCGUUUGGUGAAAGAUUUUAAUGGAUUUUUUGAACUAAUGUUUAGUUUUUGA